UCCGAACCUUAAAUCUUGCCAAAACCCUCCCCGCCGCCGUCAUCAUCACCGGUUCUUCCUUAAAUUCUCGCCGCCGUUCACAUUUUGCUCACCGGCGAAACACUUCCAUCAAUAAGCAAUUGCAAAAGGUAUGGGAAAGCAUGCACCUAAGUCACGGAAAGUUAAAAUACAAAACCGGUUAUCAGAGGUUCAUGAAAUUGAGCUUCUGGAGGAAUGGAUAGAAUCAGGUAAACCGGAAUCCGGUUCAAAUCCGUUGUCGCUUGAGCCAUUACCACAUAAAGCUCCAGUUGGACGUCUUCCUGAUGGUUCAUUCUCUAGGUAUGCUGGUUGUGAUAGGUUCAGUCAAUUGCCGGUUUCUAAGAAAACUAAAGAUGGGUUAACUCAGUGCAAAUACAAAACUAUGACCGAUAUUCAAAGAGCUUCUCUGCCACACUCUCUUUGCGGUCGUGAUAUUCUUGGUGCGGCGAAAACUGGUUCUGGAAAGACGUUGGCUUUUGUUAUUCCGGUGCUAGAGAAAUUGUAUAAAGCUCGAUGGGGACCAGAGGACGGUGUUGGAUGCAUCAUAAUGUCUCCCACAAGGGAGUUAGCAGGUCAACUUUUUGAAGUACUUAAAUCUGUUGGGAAACAUCAUGGCUUUAGUGCUGGCCUUCUGAUUGGUGGCCGCAAAGAUGUUGAUGCUGAAAAAGAGCAUGUUAAUGGACUGAACAUCCUGGUCUGUACUCCUGGUCGGCUUCUUCAGCAUAUGGAUGAGACACCAAAUUUUGAUUGUUCACAACUUCAGGUUUUAGUUCUUGAUGAAGCAGAUCGUAUUCUUGAUGUGGGGUUUAAGAGGGAUCUAAAUGCAAUCAUUUCACAAUUGCCUAAACAUAGGCAGACCUUAUUGUUUUCAGCAACCCAGACCAAGUCUGUCCAAGAUCUGGCAAGGCUCAGCCUGAAAGACCCUGAAUAUUUGGGUGUACACGAGGAGUCCGAUACUGCGACUCCCAACCGCUUACAACAAACAGCAAUGCUUGUUCCUCUUGAUAAGAAAUUUGACAUGUUGUGGAGUUUUAUAAAGGCACAUCUUAACUCAAGGAUAUUGGUUUUCCUAUCAAGCUGCAAGCAGGUAAAAUUUGUUUUUGAAACUUUCAAAAAACUCCGUCCUGGGAUUCCCCUCAAGUGUCUUCAUGGAAGGAUGAAGCAAGAUAGAAGGAUGGGAAUUUAUUCCCAAUUUUGUGAACAACGUUCUGUUCUGUUCUCCACAGAUGUUGCUUCGAGGGGACUUGAUUUUAAUAAGGCAGUUGAUUGGGUUGUCCAGGUGGACUGUCCUGAAGAUUGUGCUGCUUACAUACACAGAGUUGGCCGCACUGCUCGUUACCUUUCAGGCGGAAGAUCUGUUUUAUUCGUGAUGCCAUCUGAAAUGAAGAUGCUUGAAAAGUUGGAAGAGAAAAAGAUUCCCCUUCGAGUUAUCAAGGCAAAUGAAAAGAGGAUACAAUCUGUCUCGGAUCUACUUGCUUCUUUAUUGGUCAAGUACCCUGAUCUACAACAUCUGGCUCAAAGGGCUUUCGUGACAUAUUUGAAGUCCAUACACAAACAGAGAGAUAGAGAGAUUUUUGAUGUUACAAAACUUCCUAUUGAUGAAUUCUCUGCUUCAUUGGGUCUUCCUAUGACCCCAAAGAUCCGAUUUCUGAAACAGAAACUCAAAGGAAAGACAGUGUCUGAAGCAUUAUCUCUCAUACCGGAGAACACAAGCAAUGAUAAUUUGUUGGAAUUUCCAAUUAAGGAGCCAGAUGCCGGUAAAUCAGAUGUAGAGGAAGUGGAUGAAGACAUCCUUCUAGCUAAGGAGACACAAGAAGGCGGAGAAAAUAUUAACAGCAAAGGAGAUGAUAUGCUGGCCACUAGAGUUACGAAGAAAAAGAAACUAAAGAUCAAUGUCCACAGACCAGUAGGGACAAGGGUUGUGUUUGAUGAGGAAGGGAACACCUUACCUCCUCUUGCAAGAUUAGCAGCCUCAAGCAGUGGUGCAGACUCUGUUCAACUCAACAAAGAAAAAGUAAAUCAGAGAUACGCUGAGUUAAGAAAGAACCUGAAGGUGGCUGACAAGGAAGACAAGGAUUUGGACCGCAAACGUCGCAAAGAAAAACGAAUCAAGGAGAAGAUGAAGAAUAAGAGGGGGAGAGAGGAAGAAGAGGAGGAAGAUGAAGAACUCUCCGGGUCAGACAUGGAAAUCCCCAGAGGUAGAGUCGACAAGAAAACAAAGAUAUAUUUCGAUAGUGAUGACGAGGAUGGCGAGAGGAGAGGGGACAUGGCUAAAAAGGAGGGUAUUGCUGCUGAUGCUAUAUCUUUGGCAGAGCAAGAAGAACUGGCUCUGAAGUUGCUAAAUUCCAUGCACUCAUAAUGGAACAACAUUUUGGUAGCUGUAAUUUUUAUUAUUCUCACUUCUCAGCAUCAAUGCUGUUAUUAUAGUACCUUGAAUAGGUAGAAAUUAUUGGGUCACUU